UGCGGAUUCAACAUAUUCUUAUUAUCCCCCCCCACCUGCACUCAACGCCUCCCCUCGUCUCUCUUCUUCCAUUUCGGUUCGUCUGGCUUCUGUUCGUCCGCUCCUUCCUUCAUUCUCACACACUCUUCUCUCUCAUUUGCGGAGAGAAUUGAAGUCGGGAGCUGGAGAUGGCGAGCUUCGAGAAGGCCUCUUCGUCCGAGGAGGGAACCACGUUGGCAAACAACAAGUACGGUGCAAUGGCUCCAAAGAAGAAGCCCCUCAUUUCUAAGGACCACGAGAGGGCUUUCUUCGACUCUGCCGACUGGGCUUUAUGCAAGCAAGGAGCAGCUCAGAAUUGCGGUAGAGUAAUCGCGGUUGAGUCGUUGCAGCCAAAAUUACAGAGAACACCACAUCAGCAGCUACCUCCUCGAAGGCCAACAUGUACAUCCGGAAGCACUUCGAGUGAAUAGAGAUGAUCAUCAUAGUCAGUUCAGCAGAAGGGCUGUUCAAGUAGGGAUCAUAAAUCUGUUUCUAAUAUGAAAAACUCUAUGGGGCCAAUGGCACUGUGGGCUGAUGUAAUACAAGGCCGUCCGUUCUGUCCUUUUUCUUUGAAAAAGUUUUUUCUUUAUAUAAAAUUUAGAGAGGAGAAAAGAAAAGAAAGCAAGAAAUUGGCCGGCGCA